AUGGCGGCGUCAACAUGGCGGCGUCAACAUGGCGGCGUCAACAUGGCGGCGUCAACAUGGCGGCGUCAACAUGGUGGCGUCAACAUGGCGGCGUCAACAUGGCGGCGUCAACAGGACAGCGUCAACAUGGCGGCGUCAACAUUGCGGCGUCAACAUGGCGGCUUCAACGUGGAGGCGUCAAAACGUGAGAUAUCAACACGUGAGGCGCCAAAACGUGAAACGCCAUCAUGUGAGGUGCCAACACGUGAAGCGUCAACACGUGAAGCGCCAACACGUGAAGCGCCAGUACGUGAAGCGCCAACACGUGAAGCGCCAGUACGUGAAGCGCCAACACGUGAAGCGCCAGUACGUGAAGCGCCAACACGUGAAGCGCCAGUACGUGAAGCGCCAACACGUGAAGCGCCAGUACGUGAAGCGCCAACACGUGAAGCGCUAGUACGUGAAGCGCCAACACGUGAAGCGCUAGUACGUGAAACCCCAACACGUUAA